GUCCCCCUGUGUUCAUUAAAAAACCUGUGGACCAAAUUGGUGUGUCAGGAGGGGUGGCCUCCUUUGUGUGCCAAGCAACUGGAGACCCAAAGCCACGUGUCACCUGGAACAAGAAAGGGAAGAAAGUGAACUCUCAGAGGUUUGAGACAAUUGAAUUUGAUGAAAGUGCAGGUGCUGUCUUGAGGAUCCAGCCCCUCCGGACUCCCCGGGAUGAGAACAUUUAUGAGUGUGUUGCCCAAAACCCUCACGGGGAGGUCACUGUCCAUGCCAAGCUCACCGUCCUCCGAGAGGACCAGUUACCUCCUGGCUUCCCCAACAUUGAUAUGGGGCCCCAGCUGAAGGUGGUGGAGAGGACACGAACAGCCACGAUGCUCUGUGCAGCCAGUGGGAACCCAGACCCAGAAAUCACUUGGUUUAAAGAUUUCCUGCCUGUCGACCCCAGUGCCAGCAAUGGGAGAAUAAAGCAGCUGAGAUCAGAAGGUACACCGAUCCGAGGUUUCUCUGGGAAAGACACUCAAGGUGGCCUGCAGAUCGAGAGCAGCGAGGAGACGGACCAGGGGAAGUACGAGUGCGUGGCCAGCAACAGCGCGGGCGUGCGCUACUCCUCCCCCGCUAACCUUUACGUCAGAG